AUGGUCGGUCCACUAAUCGGCACUCGGGAUCGUCUCUCUCACCAGCACGUCCCGCUGGUCUCGCCUCCGGACGAGGACAUAAUCCAGCAGGUGCCAGUGUCGCAAACGAGGGUGCAUCAAGGUAGCCUCCUCUCGCGUCGGAAGACGGAAGGUGUUGGUCAGGAUGAGGCGGUGUUCUGCGCGGGUUCGUAGGAGUUGCAGAUCAUUGUCAUUGAAGCCGUCGAGAUCAUGGGUACACAGCACUCCUCUCCAGGCAGCAUGGUCCGACCCCGCACGGCCAUUGAAAUCACCAAGGACAUUCGACUUAUCCGCUUUCGGCACAGACGCCAGGAGUGCGUGCAGGUCCUAGUAGAAUCUGUCCCUUGCAGCGCAAGGGCUGGUCAUCGGGGUGGCGUAGACAGGAUGCAGAGCAUUCCCGUCAAAUGUGGGGCAAACGUCGAGGAUUUUGUGGCUUCUCUCGUGCAGUAAUGACAACAUGAUCAUGCUACGUGCGAGGCGCCUCACAAAAAAACGUAAUUUUGAGAAGUUUGAAAGGUACAACAACGCUUGGUAAAUAAACGCCUAAGUAACUGGCAUUGGUAGAGUACGCGCAUCAAGAAGGCGGUGAAACUCGACUUGAAUUCCGAUUGCCAUUCCAAGUUCUGUGCGCUGCAAAUCCAGCCACGUUAGACUGUAAAGAACUGGUGGUUAGGCGCACUACUCAAAAUUAUGUGAGUUACGCUGAUUUGUAUGUAUUUUGCGUGUUAUUAAGCAAAUGAGUCAACUAAGGCAGGCUCAGAAAAGAAGAAAUUCAAAGUGCAGCACGCCGCCAACCGUAGUGAACGACUCACCGAUGACAGUGACUGUAUUAUUGAGGAGACUUGAACGUCUCUCAGAGAAAUUAGAACUAGGGAUCAUCCCUGUUGAAGUGUCUUCUAAUACAACAGGACCUAAAAAGUCUGACUAGAAGGCUCCAGAUAGUCCCCUGUUAGGCUGCGCAUGCACUGCAACAGUUGAUAGAGGAAGAUGCACCAAUUCCGCUAUCCGUGUUGUCGGUUAAGAUGGCAAAUCUACUCCACUCCACUUCCACCACCCAAUGCUCAUCGCAGGGUGUCUGCCAUAUCGCCAAAUGCAUGUACCUGAUGAUGAUGGUAAAUAGGCAGGACCUCCUACAUCAUUCACGUUGCCUUACGUCGGAAGAGUCUGUGAGGGCACGUAACGCAUAAUCCACGAGUUAAAGAUCUGCGUCGCACACCGAUCUGUCUUCAGAAUGCGCGGCAACCGCAUGCCUAGCAAGGACAAACUAGACCCAGAUUAGCAUUUUGGUGUUAUCUGGUGCCUUCCGUUCGCUCGCUGUCAAUGCGACCACAGAGGUCAAACGGAGCUAAACUACAGGCUGGGUUGAGCGAACAGAAGACGGCCGGUCGGGGGGAGACCCAUCUAUCGCUCCUUCUAUUACGUUGGCACGUCUCUAAUCGAGUCUGUGGCAAGACAGCCAGCAAGGUGAGAACAUCAGGUAGUAAAUCAAAAACAUCUGUUCUAAAUUCCCCCUCGCUUACUAAGCGCUGGCAGCCAGGCUGAAUUACGCUGCCCAUCGCAUGACCAAUGACUGCCACCAAGACCGAGGUGACCAUUCGGGGAGUGAGCCAAGGUGGAGCUGCUUGGCUACUCUGCUCCAUUAAACUAUCUGUUCUGUGCCUCCCCCGCAGGUGUUUCUAAUAAUGAACUUGAGAGCCAGCACGGAAGCUGCAGUCAGUAAAGCUUUCUUCCCACUGCUCAAAAUCUCCUCCUCCUCAUCUAAAAUCAUGGACGUUUCAUGGGUUCACCUGGACAGUGUAGGUCCCCUGCCUCUGUCCGAUGGUUGCUCCUAUCUCCUUAUCUGUGUGGAGUGGUUCAGCUGGUGACCUGGUGUUACCCUCCUGCCGGACAUUGUCUGCUCUAACGGUGGUUAGAUCUUUCGUCAGCCUUUGUUUUGCCAUUUUUUGUGCACCCUCCACUAUCACUACUGACCGCGGUGCCCAGUUUGAGUCCAACCUUUUCCUGUCUCUCCCCUUGUUUUUAGGCUGUACCCGCAUCCGAACGGCAGCCUUCCACCCGGCUACCAAUUUGAUGGUCGAGCGGUUUCACUGCCAGUUGAAAAUCUCCCUACGCGCUGCGGUUGAUGCGGAGAAUCUAACAGACCAUCCUCCCCUGGUCCUUUUGGGUAUCUGCUCCGCUCUGAGGCCAGACCUUGACUGUUCUGCAGCUCAGCUGGUCUUCGGCGUCACAGUCCGACUUCCUGGUGAGAUGAUCUCGUCAAAUCCUCAUAGCGCGGUCGAGGAUCCCACCAACCUUCUGCACCACCUCCGGCAGUUUGUGCGGACACUUCCUCGGGUUCCACACAGGUCAUCCGCCUCUUUGUCUUAUCUCGAGAAGGACUUGGUAACGUGCUCUCACGUCUACCUUCAAUUUGAUUGA